CAAUCCUCUCUCUCUCUCUCCAAUGUCUUCCCUUUUCUCUUCUGUAUUGCUUCUGGUUCUAAUGAUCACGGCAAGUGUAACGGUUGACUCAUCAGCUCUGAACUUCUACCAAGAUGUGGACUUCUACUGGGGCAAUCAGCUCGCUAACGUACCCGAUGGCGGCACAUCUCUCACGAUGUCGUUAGUAAACGCCUCGGGCUGUGGUUUCCAAUCCAAAAACAGGUAUUUCUUCGGAAGGUUCGACAUGGAUAUCAAGCUUGUUGCUGGCAACUCUGCCGGCACUGUCACCACAUACUAUAUAUCCUCUCAAGGACAAUAUCAUGAUGAGGUCGAUUUUGAAUUUCUAGGCAAUGUGUCUGGGCAACCAUAUAUACUUCAUACCAAUAUUUUCGCCAAAGGCCAAGGUGGCCGGGAACAACAGUUUUAUCUCUGGUUUGAUCCCACUGCAAAUUACCACAAGUACACAAUCAUUUGGAAUCCCCGACUCAUCAUUUUGAUGGUUGAUGAAACUCCAAUCAGGGUAUUCAACAAUAACGAGGCCAUCGGUGUUCCAUUCCCAAAUACCCAAGCGAUGAAUGUCUACUCAAGCAUUUGGUGUGGCGAUAGUUGGGCAACGCAAGGUGGGAGCGUGAAGACCAAUUGGGCGUACGCUCCAUUCACUGCUUCCUACGAGAAUUUGGAAGUAUAUUCAUGUCAAGACUCAUCUGGAUCAACUUCAUCAUGUUCUGGUUCCUCUAGCACUGCCCCAUGGCUAACCCAACAGCUAGACGUCGGAUUACAGGCACAGCUCUUGUCAGUGCAGAACAACUUCAUGAUCUACAAUUACUGCACCGACUACAAACGGUUUCCCCAAGGAUGUCCCGCUGAAUGCAAUCAGCCAAGGUUUCUGCAAUGAGCCUGUGUCAAUCGACCUUUGAUUCUUGAUUUCAACCAACGAUGGCGUGUGUUCUUCAUUAUUCUUUAUUCUUUUCAAUUAAAGUGCUGUUGUACUAAUUGCAAAUGCAAGAUGUUGCAGCAAUUUUUUCAAUAAUUAAAUUUCUCUUCCUUA